GCUAAAUGGAAACCUAAAGAGUUUUACCUGCUUUCACACAAACACAGAGAUCAGAUACCUGACAGCGGCCGACUAACGCAGGAUGAUCAAGAUGUCGAGCAAAGUUAUGCGUUUCUGCGUAGCUCUGUUCAUUGCCCUGACCUCUGUAUCCGCUGUACAAAGACUUGACUUAAUCCAUGAUUUGAAGAAAAUUGACUUUGGCCGAUCUGUGCCCAAGCACAGUCUUGUGCUACUCUACUGGUUUGCCAACACAGUUGACAUCAACAAUAACAAUAUCAUUUGGCUGACCUUUGACCCAAACAGAGGAGAUUAUGGCUCACAUCAUUAUGGCAACUAUGAGGGGCUGCUGGACCCACUGCCGCGGGGAAAUAUCAGAUAUAUGUACUACACUAUAGGCAAUCUCCAUCAAGAAACGUCUGUGCCGCUUCCACCUUACGUUGUUAAUCCUCCAACAGAGUAUGUGGGAACAAACAGGGACCGGAUCAUCAUUCGUGUCAGGCAGCAGAACACUUUGCAGAGGAUAGACCAAGUGUAUAUCACGCAGCAUUAUGACAUUUCUGAAUAUCAGGGGACACCUUAUGAUCCAGAACACACCUACAGGAUCAGUAUUAACCUGCUGAGACAGAUAAGAGAGUUUUCUGUGGGACAAAACCAACAGCAACUCCUGCGUCUCAGAAACCGCCAUGGAAGUAACGCUGAUGAUUCCCAGUUAAGGAACAUCAGAAACACAUGGGGAGUCCUUGCUUGCCUUGGACUGUUGUUGUUUAUUGUGAUUGAGGAAAAGUACUUCGUUAACCAACACAACUACAGACGUGAAAACAACAACAGACCGGAAAACUACAACAGACCAGAAUACAAUGCCGACAGACCAGAAAACUACAACAGUCCAGAACCCAACGCCGACAGACCAGAACAUAGACAAAAUCAUUGGGCUGAUGAUGCUUUUGCAAUCUGCUGUCUUCUUACAUGUAUUUUAUUUUCUAUAUUGAUUUUUUUUUCCAUUCUUGUUGCAAGCAGAUAACAAGAAAUAAGGGAGAGCAAUUUUCCUUGAUGUUGUUUUAAACCAAGCUGUGAUGGUAUUGCUUCUCAAGGAUGAUAAGAAAUCCAAAAAGGACGUUGUAGCUUUUAUCACCCUACUGGCUAUAAAAUAAAUACUGACCAAUUGGAAAUUGGUUGUAUCUCUGUCUCAUACCCACUGGAUAAGAGACAUGUUUUUUUGUGUGUAGAUUGUAAAAAAAAAAAAAAAGAAAGAAAAUCAGACUUGUAUCGUGUUGCUCUUCCAAUAAAUCUAGAAAAAUAGAUCAAUCAUUAAUUAGGAUCAAUUUCCUGCUCAUUCUUGAUUGAAGCAACUUAUGUGGUUCGGAGGGGCUUCAUUAUUGUGUUUGUUGUGACUUUGGUGAUAUGCUGCUGCACUGAUCAUCAGUGUCUAUGACAGACACUGUUAAUUAUUAGCUGACUGAUAGGACUUUGUGUGUGUGUGUGUGUGUGUGUGUGUGUUUUGUGUGUUUGUUUGUGUGCGUGUUUCUUUUUUUUUUUAUUUUUACGGACUUGAAAAACUUGUUAGUUUUUGUAAGUUGAAAUAUGCCAAUCUUUACUCUAAUGUCUUUUUUACAACGUGAAUAUAUAGUACACCUUUUCACAUCUGAUUAAAGCUGUGACAAUACAAUUGUAUGUUACUGUAAAACCCAAUAAACAAUGUGACUUUUUUUUUUAUGAGGCCCACAAAGCCAGACUGAUAAAAUUGAUUGGUAACAGUGAAUCAGGCAAUUGUGUGUGGAGCUAGAACUGUGACUUUUUAUAUUUUUGGCAUUGAAAAUCAAGUUUUCCAUUGUAAACAAAACCAGCGCUAAAUAAGAGAACAUUGCACUUUUUAAAGCUGUAUUUGCACUGAAAUAAACAUCCCACUAUACAAUAAUAAAAAAUCAUUAAAUAAUG